AUGGGAUGUUGCAAUCAAAGACCCGCUACAAAUUCUGAAGCAAGGCCAAAGCCAGAAGUGAAAAAAGAGAAUAAAAAAUCUUUAAACGCAUUAAAGACUCCUAAAAAAGAGCAGCGGCAUAAGAAAAAAAUAUCGAAAGGAUCUCAAGAUCAUUUAUCCACACAAGGAUCAAUUAUUGUGAGUACCAAAGGCAAGCCUUUAGAAAACUAUAAAAUUAUGGGGACACUAAAAACAACCCAUGGGAAGUCAAUAUACUUGACAAAGGAAAAAAAUUCACAAACUUACAAGAUUGUAAAGGAAUACAAUAAAUCUAGUUUGGAUGAUGCGAAUAAAAUUUAUGAGCAGUUAAAAGUCCUCAAAGAUUUGGACCACCCAAAUAUAGUCAAGAUUUUUGGACUUGUUGAUGCUGAAGGAGCAUUUUUUAUUAUCCAAGAAUAUUGCACAGGUGGAGAGUUAUUUGAUAAAAUUAUCAAACAAAAUGCAAUCGGGGAAAAUUUAGCGGCAAGAUAUAUGAGGGAUAUCUUGAGUGCCAUUAAUUAUUGCCACAGCCAAGGCAUUGCUCAUCGUAAUUUAAACCCUGAGAGCUUGGUUUUAGAUAAUCCCGAUGAUAACGCUAUCUUGAAAAUCUCUGAUUUUGAAUCAUUCGAAAAGAUUGUGAGAACAACAAGAUAUCAAAAAAGGAGCAUUGGAAAUGUAUAAUCAUUGCUUUGAAUAUAAAAGUAAUAACCAUUUUUGUUAUAAAAUCAUUGAAAAAAUUAAUUAUUCACUACUUCUAAUAUAAUGUUUACUUAGACUUACUAUAUGGCCCCAGAACUAUUUAAAGGAGAAUAUGGAAAAGAAAUUGAUAUUUGGAGCGCUGGAGUCAUUUUGUGCACUUUAAUUUCAGGAAAUCCUCCGUUUCAUGGAAAAACUCGCGAUGAAAUAUUCAACUCGAUCCAAAAAGGUUUGGAUUUAUCAAGCAGUGAUUAUGUUCUUGCUUCAGAUGAAGCAAAAGAUUUAAUCUCCAAAAUGCUUGAAAAAGAUCCUAAAAUGAGAAUAACUGCAGAAGAAGCAUUAAAUCACCCUUGAAUUGAAAACCGUGCUAAUAAUAAAGUUCCAGACAACGUCAUUGUUUCAGGAACACUAGACCGUUUAGCGAAAUUCACUGUAAAAUCAAAAGUUGAACAAUCAAUUUUGAAUUUUAUUUCUUAUCAGAUAACAAGCGUAAAAGAAGAGCACGAACUAAGCGAGUUAUUCAGAUCAAUUGAUGAAAAUGGAGAUGGGAGAAUAAGCAAAGCUGAGCUUAUGAAAGCUUAUAAGAAAAAAAAAUUAGGCUCAAAGGAUGAAAUUAAUUCAAUUAUGGAAAAUUGUGAUAAAAAUAACAGUGGGUUUAUUGAAUAUCAAGAAUUUGUGACAGGAGUUUCACAGUGGAAUAAAAAAAUUCAAGCGAGGCAGUUGAGAGAAGUAUUUGGACUGUGUGAUGGGAAUGGUGAUGGGCUUUUAUCACUUGAAGAACUAAAAGGAUGCAUUCCAGGGAUUGAAGGAAGUGAAUGGGAUAAAUUUUUUGUUGAAGUUGACUCGAACCAGGACCAUUUGAUCAGUGUCGAUGAGCUGAAAACUUAUUUCGAAACUAAAUUCCAACUAAAAGAAUAG